AUGUCGGCGACCCAGCUGUCCCUCCCUUCGACCAUCGCCUCGUCCGCCUCGCUCGCGUCGCUCUUCUCUCUCCAGCCAUCCUGGUCCUCCUCCGACCCUCCAUCCACUGCCGCAACCGCCGACCCCUCGCUCGUCCAAUCCCUGCUCUCCUCAUCCUGGGCUCUCACCUCCUCUUCCACCGCGACCUCCUCCAUCUCCGGCCUCGCCAACCUCGCAUGGGUACCCGACCCCUUCGACUCGAGCAACUCCAAAGCAGUCCUACGCCUCGCCUACCCGGAAGGAUCGAGAGACGGAGCGCAGUUCUCGUUUGCGGCGUUUCAGAAGAACGCGAGGGUGCAGACUGCGUUGCUCAAAUACGAGGUCGCCUUCGACUCCUCGUUUGACUUUGUGAAAGGCGGCAAGCUCCCCGGACUGUACGGCUCGUCACCAUCUGCCAAAGGGCUAUGUACGGGUGGAAAUCACCUGCACGAUUGCUGGAGCGCGAGGUUGAUGUGGCGCACGGGCGGAGCGGGCGAAGUCUACGCGUACAUACCGACGUACGACGGCUUCUGUGCGCAGGCAGACGUGCUGUGCGACGCAGAUUACGGGACGAGUCUCUCGCGCGGGUCGUUCAAGUUCGCUCGGGGCGACUGGACGACCAUCCAUCAACUCAUCUCCCUCUCCACUCCACCGCUCGCAAACGGCCUCCUCGCACUCUACUCCAACUCCUCCCUCUCGCUCUUACACACGGGAAUCGCAUACCGCACAAACCCCAACGUCUCGAUUACGAAUGUGUUGUUCAGUAGUUUCUUCGGUGGCAGCGAUGCGAGCUGGGAUUCGAAGGGCGGGAAUGCGUAUUACAGGAGGGUCGAGCUCUACGCCUCGACACUACCCUCGAAUACGACAGGUCCAACAGUCUCGGCCUCGUUCGACAAUACCAUCUCGUCUUCUUCCGCCGCAUCAUCCCGUGCUUCGAUGUUGCGAGUGAUGGUACUGUUGAUGGUAUGGACGAUGCUAGGGCAGGUGGUGGGGAUGGGAGUACGCUGA